AUGUGUCGAUCAGAGCAGAGAGACGUUGACCUAGACAUGGAAAACCUGCUGCUGCUGCUGCUGCUCCUUCCGUGGAGCUCAGGUAAGAGAGCAUGGAUCGUUCACGUACACGCUCCUGGUGAUGUCAGGUUGGUGGGAGGAGCCAGUCGCUGUGCAGGUAUACUGGAGCUGAAACAUCUGGGAGAAUGGAGACCAGUCAUUGGCUCAUUCUAUGACUGGCCGUUACGCCAGGCUGCUGACUCUGUCAGGCUGCUGAAUGGUUCCAGUCUGUGUUCAGGCAGACUACAGGUGAAGUCUAACCAGAAAUGGUCCUCAGUGUGUGAAGCUGACUUUGACCUGCAGGAUGCAGAGGUGGUCUGUAGGGAGCUUGGCUGUGGGCCUCCUUCAGUCCUCCAAGGGGCGCUCUAUGGAGAAGUGGAGGCUCCAGUGUGGGGCAAAGAGUUUCAGUGUGAAGGCCUUGAGUCUGCUCUCCUGGACUGUAGAAGCUCAGGCUCAGCUAGAAAAAACUGCUCGCCUGGCAAAGCUGUUGGACUCACCUGCUCAGAGCCUCUCGGGCUGGUGGGAGGAGCCAGUCGCUGUGCAGGUACACUGGAGUUCAAACAUCUGGGAGAGUGGAGACAAGUAGCUGGGUUUUACUCUAAAAGGACCCUGAAGGAAGCAGCUGUUGUUUGUGAACUUCUGGACUGUGGCUCUGCUGUUUAUACAGGAAAUACAAACAGGUUACCAUACAAAGCCAAAAGUGUGUGGUUGAUGAAACCUGAGUGUCUCCAGUCAGGCUCUGCUCUGAGAGAGUGUUUAACAUCACAUGUUGGACCUCCAUAUGGAGUACAUAUUAUGACAGAAUACCGUAGCCACAUGGAUCUCACCUGUUCAGGUAAGCCUAUCAGUGAUAUCAACAUCAUCAUCAUAUCAAGGUUGGUAGGGUAG